AUGAAAAAUUAUGGAUUGACACAGGGUGUUCCUAGUGAAGUGCAGGAUCUAGGUGCAUCACAUGGGGAAGUUCUAACUGGGCCUAAGAAUCAAGAUUGGGCCAAUACCCACUCGCGUUGGGUGAUGCAAUGGACCAAUCGAUAUAGUCACAUUCUAUCUGAAGACUUGGAGCAUUUACAUUAUCCGUUAGAAAUUUACAUGCAUUGGUACCGAGAGGCAUAUGGUGACCACUUGCAAUUGUCGAACCUUGUUUUUGAAGAGAAUCCAGAAGGUCCUCCACCACCACCACCACCACCGGCACCAGAACCGGAACCGGAACCGGUGGCCGUACCUCCACCACCACCGCCACCGGAACCGCCACAUCAGGGGGUUGAGUAUUUUGCACCAUAUGUUCCUUACACGCAUCCGUCUGAUUAUUACUCAGCGUCAGUCCCGUCACACCAUCAGUUUUGGGGUGGUCCACAUUCUGAGUAUGGAGAGCAACCUUCAUUCAGUCAGCUACUUGGUUUGAUGGCAUCGGGGUCGCACCAGUCACAUUCAGGUAAUUAUAUUGACAUUCCCACCGACCAUCAAGCACAUUUUGGUGGAGUUACUCCAGCUAGGAGGUCAUUGGAUUUGGGAUAUCGAGGUCGCACUUCAUCUGAUAAUUCUGGUGCCAGAAUGUCUGUUGACUCGAGCAGAAGUAAUGAAGCGGCGGGAGGGAUCAUACAAAGUGGAAAUCCUAGACGUAUUCCGAUGACUCUGAUUCAUGAGAGUCAUAGAGCAGUUCAUCAGGAUGAGGUUGAGGAUGAGUCUGAGGAUGAGGGUGAUGAUGAGGAUGAGUCUGAGGAUGAGGGGAAUGACGCUGAUGAGUCUGAGGAUGAGGGUGGUGAUGAGGAUGACGAUCCUGCUGACGAGGAUACAGCACCUAGUGCAGGUACGGCCACAAGUGAAAAAGGUAAAGGUUACAACCUUCGAGCUGAUCCUCCACUAUGGCAAAUACAAUAG